GAUGGGUCCCACCUCUCCCCGCCGCCGCACCGUAUAUAAGGGGAGGCGAAGGAGUGGGAAAGGCAGUAGGAAGUUUCUGCUGGGGUCUGGAUUGGAGCUACAGAGUGAGACCGGCCCUGAAUGACCCGAACCUAAGACAAAGAGGCCCAAAGAGUCUACAUGUCUAAUAUUUAGACAUGUUCAGCUUUGUGGAUUCUCGGUUACUGCUGUUGAUAGCAGCGACUGUACUACUCACCCGCGGGCAAGGAGAAGAGGACAUCCAGACUGGAAGCUGCGUACAGGAUGGGCUCACGUACAACGACAAGGAUGUGUGGAAACCCGAGCCCUGCCAGAUCUGCGUCUGCGACAGCGGCAACAUCCUCUGCGACGAGGUGAUCUGCGAGGACACCUCCGACUGCCCCAACGCCGAGAUCCCCUUCGGAGAGUGCUGCCCCAUCUGUCCCGACACCGACGCCUCCCCAGUCUACCCAGAAAGCACUGGAGUAGAGGGUCCUAAGGGAGACACCGGCCCCAAAGGAGACAGGGGACUCCCCGGCCCCCCUGGCAGAGAUGGCAUCCCUGGACAGCCUGGCCUCCCGGGACCCCCAGGCCCUCCAGGACCUCCAGGCCUCGGCGGAAACUUCGCUCCUCAAAUGUCCUACGGCUAUGACGAGAAGGCCGGUGGCAUGGCUGUGCCCGGCCCCAUGGGUCCAGCUGGUCCCCGCGGUCUCCCUGGCCCUCCUGGUGCUCCCGGUCCUCAAGGUUUCCAAGGUCCCCCCGGUGAACCCGGAGAGCCCGGUGCAUCUGGUCCCAUGGGCCCCCGUGGUCCAGCCGGCCCCCCUGGCAAGAACGGCGAUGAUGGUGAAGCUGGCAAGCCUGGCCGUCCCGGGGAACGCGGCCCCCCUGGCCCCCAGGGUGCCCGUGGUCUGCCAGGAACCGCCGGCCUGCCGGGCAUGAAGGGACACAGAGGCUUCAGCGGUCUGGAUGGUGCCAAGGGUGAGCCUGGUCCUGCUGGACCCAAGGGUGAACCUGGCAGCCCCGGUGAGAAUGGUGCUCCUGGGCAGAUGGGUCCUCGAGGGCUUCCCGGCGAGAGAGGCCGUCCAGGUCCCUCCGGCCCUGCUGGUGCUCGCGGUAACGACGGUGCUCCCGGUGCUGCUGGUCCUCCUGGUCCAACUGGUCCCGCUGGCCCCCCUGGCUUCCCUGGUGCUGCUGGUGCUAAGGGUGAAACCGGUCCCCAAGGUGCUCGUGGCAGUGAAGGUCCUCAGGGUGCCCGUGGUGAGCCCGGUCCCCCCGGCCCCGCUGGCGCUGCUGGUCCUGCUGGCAACCCCGGUGCUGAUGGUCAACCUGGUGCCAAGGGUGCAACCGGCGCCCCUGGCAUCGCUGGCGCUCCCGGCUUCCCCGGUGCCCGCGGUCCCUCCGGACCCCAGGGUCCCAGCGGUGCCCCCGGUCCCAAGGGUAACAGCGGCGAACCCGGUGCCCCAGGCAACAAGGGAGACACUGGUGCCAAAGGCGAACCCGGUCCUGCUGGCGUCCAGGGCCCCCCCGGCCCCGCUGGUGAGGAAGGCAAGAGAGGAGCCCGCGGUGAGCCUGGCCCCGCUGGGCUUCCCGGUCCUGCUGGCGAAAGAGGUGCUCCCGGCAGCCGUGGCUUCCCCGGCGCUGACGGCAUCGCUGGUCCCAAGGGUCCCCCCGGCGAGCGCGGCUCCCCCGGCCCCGUUGGCCCCAAGGGCUCUCCUGGUGAAGCUGGCCGCCCCGGUGAACCCGGUCUCCCCGGUGCCAAGGGUCUGACUGGGAGCCCUGGCAGCCCCGGUCCCGAUGGCAAGACUGGUCCCCCUGGCCCCGCUGGUCAAGACGGCCGCCCCGGCCCCCCAGGCCCACCCGGAGCCAGAGGCCAAGCCGGCGUGAUGGGUUUCCCUGGUCCCAAAGGUGCUGCGGGUGAGCCCGGCAAACCCGGUGAGAGAGGUGCUCCCGGCCCCCCUGGCGCUGUUGGUGCUGCUGGCAAAGACGGUGAAGCUGGUGCCCAAGGUCCCCCUGGCCCUACUGGUCCCGCUGGAGAAAGAGGUGAACAAGGUCCUGCUGGUGCCCCCGGCUUCCAGGGUCUGCCAGGCCCUGCUGGCCCCCCUGGUGAGGCUGGCAAGCCCGGUGAGCAGGGUGUCCCCGGAGAUGCUGGCGCCCCCGGUCCUGCUGGUGCCAGGGGUGAGAGAGGUUUCCCUGGUGAACGCGGUGUCCAAGGCCCCCCUGGUCCCCAGGGUCCUCGUGGUGCUAACGGUGCUCCCGGUAACGAUGGUGCUAAGGGUGAUGCUGGUGCUCCCGGUGCCCCUGGAAACCAAGGGCCCCCCGGUCUGCAAGGGAUGCCCGGAGAACGUGGUGCUGCCGGCCUGCCAGGCGCCAAGGGUGACAGAGGCGACCCCGGUCCCAAAGGUGCUGAUGGCGCUCCUGGCAAAGACGGUCUCCGAGGCUUGACUGGCCCCAUUGGCCCCCCUGGCCCCGCUGGUGCUCCUGGUGACAAGGGUGAAGCUGGUCCUCCCGGUCCUGCUGGUCCCACUGGUGCCCGUGGUGCUCCUGGUGACCGCGGCGAGCCCGGCCCCCCCGGUCCUGCUGGAUUUGCUGGCCCUCCCGGUGCCGACGGCCAGCCUGGUGCUAAAGGUGAAACUGGUGAUGCUGGAGCCAAGGGUGACGCCGGCCCCCCCGGCCCUGCUGGCCCCACUGGUGCUCCUGGCCCUGCCGGUGCUGUUGGUGCUCCCGGUCCCAAAGGUGCUCGUGGUAGUGCUGGACCCCCUGGUGCUACUGGUUUCCCUGGUGCUGCUGGAAGAGUUGGACCCCCCGGCCCCUCCGGUAACAUCGGCCUCCCCGGCCCCCCCGGCCCCAGCGGCAAGGAAGGUGGCAAAGGACCCCGCGGUGAGACCGGCCCUGCUGGCCGCCCCGGUGAGCCCGGACCUGCCGGCCCCCCUGGACCCCCCGGUGAAAAAGGCUCCCCCGGCGCUGAUGGCCCCAUCGGCGCUCCUGGCACCCCCGGACCCCAAGGUAUUGCUGGCCAACGCGGUGUUGUCGGCCUCCCCGGACAGAGAGGCGAGAGAGGCUUCCCUGGGCUGCCUGGCCCCUCUGGCGAACCCGGCAAGCAAGGUCCCUCUGGUUCUCCUGGCGAGCGCGGUCCUCCCGGCCCCAUGGGCCCCCCCGGCCUGGCUGGCCCCCCUGGUGAAGCUGGACGUGAGGGUGCUCCCGGUGCUGAAGGUGCCCCCGGUCGCGAUGGUGCUGCUGGUCCCAAGGGUGACCGUGGUGAGACCGGCCCCGCUGGCCCCCCUGGUGCUCCUGGUGCCCCCGGCGCGCCCGGCCCUGUCGGUCCUGCUGGCAAGAACGGAGAUCGCGGUGAGACCGGCCCCGCUGGUCCCGCUGGCCCCCCUGGUCCUGCUGGUGCUCGUGGUCCUGCUGGUCCCCAAGGUCCCCGUGGUGACAAAGGUGAAACUGGUGAGCAGGGUGACAGAGGCAUGAAGGGUCACAGAGGCUUCUCCGGUCUCCAGGGCCCACCUGGUCCUCCUGGCGCUCCUGGUGAACAAGGUCCUUCUGGUGCUUCUGGUCCCGCUGGUCCACGAGGUCCUCCUGGCUCCGCUGGUGCCGCCGGCAAAGAUGGUCUCAAUGGGCUUCCCGGCCCCAUCGGUCCCCCCGGCCCCCGCGGUCGCACCGGCGACGUCGGCCCUGUUGGUCCCCCUGGCCCACCUGGCCCCCCUGGUCCUCCUGGUCCCCCCAGUGGCGGCUUCGACUUCAGCUUCCUGCCCCAGCCACCCCAGGAGAAGGCCCACGACGGCGGACGCUACUACCGAGCCGACGACGCCAACGUGAUGCGUGACCGUGACCUGGAGGUGGACACCACCCUCAAGAGCCUGAGCCAGCAGAUCGAGAACAUCCGCAGCCCCGAGGGCACCCGCAAGAACCCAGCCCGGACCUGCCGCGACCUCAAGAUGUGCCACGGCGACUGGAAGAGCGGCGAGUACUGGAUCGACCCCAACCAAGGCUGCAACCUGGACGCCAUCAAGGUCUACUGCAACAUGGAGACGGGCGAGACCUGCGUCUACCCAACCCAGGCCACCAUUGCCCAGAAGAACUGGUACCUCAGCAAGAAUCCCAAGGAGAAGAAGCACGUCUGGUUCGGCGAGACAAUGAGCGACGGCUUCCAGGUGAGAUGGGGGGCGCCGGGGGGGACACAAAGACACCCACAUGGGGUGGGGAUGAUGAGCAUUGUGAUGCCUAACGCCUCUUCCCCGGCAGUUCGAGUACGGCGGCGAGGGCUCCAACCCGGCCGACGUGGCCAUCCAGCUGACCUUCCUCCGCCUGAUGUCCACCGAGGCUGCCCAGAACAUCACCUACCACUGCAAGAACAGCGUCGCCUACAUGGACCAGGACACGGGCAACCUGAAGAAGGCCCUGCUCCUCCAGGGCGCCAACGAAAUCGAGAUCAGGGCCGAGGGCAACAGCCGCUUCACCUACGGCGUCACCGAGGACGGCUGCACGAGUCACACUGGCGCCUGGGGCAAGACAGUCAUCGAGUACAAGACGACAAAGACAUCCCGCCUGCCCAUCAUCGACUUGGCCCCCAUGGACGUUGGCGCUCCGGACCAGGAAUUCGGCAUCGACAUCGGCCCCGUCUGCUUCUUGUAAACCGGACCCCCACCCCACGCGUAACAGGAGAGAGUAAUAAUAACAAUAAUAAUAAUAAAAAAAAAAAAAACAGCCAAAAAAGGAGAAAAUUUCACAUGGACUUGAAUUCGUGUCGGUUUCUAUUCCAGCGUCUCUAAAAUUAUUUGCGUUUCCAUAAAAAAAAAAAAAAAAACUAAAAAAAAAACACCAAAAAAAGCAUUAAACCAAAAAAAAAAUAAAAAAAAAUAAAUGACUUUUCAAACAAAAUAACCAGGAAGUGGGUUCGCUUGCUUGCCCUCCUCUCCUCCUCCUCCUCGGCGUCGGUCUGCCCUAAGCCCCGCGGACGGCACCACUCGGACUCUCCGACAGCGCCGAGCCCGUGAUGCUCACACCCCGCGGGGCCGCCCGUGCCGAGCCCCGGAGCCGGGGAGCACCCGAAUGCAAACUCGGGCCGACCUUUCUCCACUGGGCUCUUUGCUACUUGCAUUUCAUUUUUUUCUCCUUUUUUUUUUUCUUUUUUUUUUUUUUUUUUUUUUUCUGAAAGGAAGAUGUUUAACUCUUGGUUAUAAUCUGCUUCUUGUCAUUGUUGUUUUUUUCCCUCUCUCUUCCCCCCUCCUUGUUUUUUUCUUUUUUUUUUUUUUUUUUUUUUUUUUGUUCAGGCAGCAAAAAUAACACAAUCCUGAGCAACCCACGGGGACCUGGGAGCCCGGAGCCGCCACCAUCCCGCUUUUUGCAUCCGAGCCCCGGUUCCGCAGGGGGGAGCUCCCCGAGUCCACCCCGACAGCCAAAGCCCUGGAGCGGAGCAAACCGGACCCAUCAGUGCAUAUUCUCCUUUUCUGGAAGGCUACCUCACAGCUGUGGUUUUGGUUAAUAUUUUUAAAUUUUUUUUUUCAAGUAGUUUUAGUAAUUUUUUUUAUUUUUUUCAGCCGUGCCGGGACUUUCCUGCCAGGUUCAGAUCAAAGGUGCUAAGUUUUGUCUAUUUUUUUUUCCCUCUCUAUUUUUGCUGUUCUCUCUUUUUUUUUUUUUUUUUUCCCCUCCGUUCAAGGUCCCCUUGGAGUUCUGGGGUUUCCCCCACUGGGACUUUUGUCCUGAUUUUUGCUCUUUUAUUUCGGUCCCAUUUCAGAGGCUCAAGUGGCACAAAGCCACCGAGCCGGGGACUGCGUGGUGCUACAGACACGGGGCUGCCCGAAUGGAUGCAAGUCUUGCGUUGAUUUUUGAAUUUCCCUCUAUUUUUAUUUUAUUUUUUUUUAAUUCCCCCUCAUCCUUUUGCUGCCCGGGUCGACUUGUGAAUUUUCUAAAGGUGCUAUUUAACCCCACACCCCCACGCAUCCUGACAGCGAGGCACAGAGGCAAAUGCAAGGUCGAGCCAAAAAGCCUUGGAAGGGAAAGGAAAGCACGGGGAAAGCAGCCCUGGCUCCCGGGCUUCGCAGGUGGACUCCAUCUCUGCUCUCAUCUUCCAGCAGCUCUUUCUCCAUCCAUCCAUCCAUCCAUCCAUCCACACAUCCAUCCAUCCAUCCAUCCAUCAUCAUCUCCCCCCGCUUCUCUGCCCCCCGCACCCCCCAGCCUCUCUCCUCCUCUCUUGCCGCACGGAGGGGCCGAACCCACCCCGACUGCCGGCCCAUCUCCCGGCGAGGCGGAUGCUCCAGGAGUCUGUACCUAGUUUGUAUAUGUAUAAUAAUUUGAGAUGUUUUUAAUUAUUUUGACUGCUGAAAUAAAGCAUGUGAAAUGAUCCGACAAA